GCUGGAACGUGUGUUGUGUCGAUAUGAGUUCCCCCGUCGAGAUCUGUCUCUUUUCCAGCCAGCUGCGGAUUGGAACCAUCCACUCACAAUAACAACCAUCAUUCCAACCAAAACCCCACUGUCACCAAAGUUAUGCUAUGCAUAUUUAUAUUUAUGAAAUGACUGUUUAACACGGCUUUGUGUUUGCUUAGGGCUAGGGUCAGACUCGCAGUUGGGGGGGAGACAGACGGGGGAACUCAUAUCGACACAACACCUGUUAAGAACGUGUUUGGUGUUUUUGCAGUCGGGCCGGCGUUUGGUGCUUUAACGGGACAGCCGGUGUCGGUUAGAAGCGACCUUUGUCCCAGAUCAGCUGAUGACCUGGCGGCCAUGGUCAAGUGAAGGUUGAACAGGUCUGAGAUCAGCAGGUCCGCCCCCACACCUGCAAGAGUCUACCCAACAAGAGAACGUUUGUAGUUUUACUGUCAGCCUGAUUAAGAAUAUUACUGGAAUAAAUGUUCACCUACAGCUGUGAGGAGGUUCUGGUCCAUCUCAGGAGGAGAGCAGCGCGCUAGUGGGGACGGCAUGCUGCUGAAUCUGCUCUGGACGUUGUGGGUCGGUGGUUGGAAUACUUCGACAACCUCCGUAAUGUUUUCUUAAGCAUACAUACGGGUAUUAUUUUAUCUGACUAAAGUCAUGCAAAUAAAAGAUAAUCGCACUAGCUUAAAAAGGUCACAUGGUCAAAAGAAUGAAAGAUGGAGGUCUGACUCCCUAAAGGUCUUCAGAGUUGGAGCUUCUCCUCUCAGCUGAUUGGAUAAACCACCAGCGCUCCACACACGUUUCCGCCACUGGAAACUGAUGCAGUCAUGAUCAAAAGUUUAUGACCGUUUGGAAAAGGGCCAAAAUCCUAAUCUGCAUGGUUGGAUCUCAACAAGGUUCCAAGUAGAGCUUCAACAUACAGCAACGUGGUUGGCUUGUUUCAGCGCUUAUCGCUGAUGAGGAUGCAGUCGGACCGUCGUCUGGAACUUCCCCAGGGUCAUGGAAGACUCGGUAAAGGUCUGAGAUCAGCCUGGGGUGAGAGUUACAGCCAGUCUACACUCCCAUCAGCUCCAUCCACAGACUCCAGAUCAGCGCUACCAAAAACAGGCACAUUCAGGUCACCUGGAGUCUAGAUGGUCCCUGUCGGUGUGACUGCUCGUCUCUGUGAACAUCAGGAACCAGCAGGAAGUUCCAGGAAAAUCUUUUUUUUUCUUCUGUCUGUUCAGAUCCAGCGCUCCGAGUCUGACGUUCCACACCACCGCGGCUCCGAUGGGUGCCACAGUGGAGGAGUUUGAGGAGGCGAAGAGCAAACUUUCGACCAUGAGGAGUGACCCGGGUAACGAGGUCAAACUAAAGAUCUACGCUCUCUUCAAACAGGCCACCCAGGGUCCCUGUAACACUCCUAAACCAGGAAUGCUGGACUUCAUCAACAAGGCUAAAUGGGAUGCCUGGAAGUCCCUGGGCUCCAUUUCUCAGGAUCAAGCCCGGCAGCAGUACUGCGACCUGAUUGGCUCCAUGCUUAAAGCAGAAGAAGGAAGCUCCGCUCGGGCGGCAGCACAGCCCGCUGGCGUUGGAGCGGCGUACCAGACGCUGCUGGUGUCUACGGAGGAGAACAUCACCACCAUCACAAUGAACCGACCUGCUAAGAAGAACGCCAUCACCACAGAGAUGUACAAAGAGAUCAUCGCAGCCCUGGAGCAGGCAGCUAAAGAUGACUCGGCCAUCACCGUGUUUACAGGAGCCGGAGAUUUUUACUGCAGUGGGAACGAUCUAACCAGUUUCACCAGGAUCCCGGAGGCAGGGAUGGAGGAGGCGGCCAAACAAGGAGCAGACCUGCUCAGGAGCUACGUGAGGGCCUACAUAGACUUCCCCAAGCCGCUGGUCGCCGUGGUGAACGGGCCUGCUGUUGGAAUCUCUGUUACUGUGUUAGGCCUCUUUGAUCUGGUCUAUGCCACAGAGCAGGCCUCCUUCCACACCCCCUUCACCCAGCUGGGUCAAAGCGCUGAGGGUUGCUCCUCCUACACCUUCCCCAGAAUAAUGGGCCCCACCAAGGCCAACGAGAUGCUUCUGUUCAACAAGAAGCUGACAGCAGAUGAGGCCUGUCGGCUGGGGCUGGUCACAGAGGUCUUCCCCGACAGCUGCUUCCUGUCUGAGGUCUGGAGACGCUUGAGGGCCCACGCCAGGCUGCCCCGUCAGUCCCUGGUUCUGUCCAAACAGCUGAUCCGCUCCAUGGAGAAGGAGCGUCUGUACGCAGUCAACGAUGCAGAGGUGGAGCGUCUGAUGGAGCGAUGGACGUCAGAUGAAUGCAUCAGCGCCAUCAUGAGCUUCUUCCAGGCCAAAGCCAAGCUGUGAAGGACUCACGGAAGGUCCUUCUGUCCAGUCUGACCCUCUAACACGUUUCUGGGAGAUCUCAGUAGUUCCAGCUGGAACCAGUCAGUCAUUAAUUUGUGGACCAGUGGGUUUUGAGGAGACGGGAGUUUCAUCUCCAAAAGCACGUCGGAGGGAACGUCCGUCUGUCUUGACCUUAAAAGAUCUGCUGUUUAGUUCAAGGACGGUCUUCAGGUGUUUAAUCUUGUGGUGAAACAUCUGGCCAGCUGUUGUAUGACUGGAAUGUAAACUGCUGCUCCUCUGACUCCUCCCUCAGCACCACCAUCAGGUGGACCUCAGAACCAGUGCAGGUCUUUGGUUUGGAUCCUGAAGCUGUGGGUUCUGUGGCUCCCAGAUGAUGGAGCUGCUCAGAUUAAACGAUGAUGGUGUGGGUUCUCUGGUGGAACCAUGUUCUCAAUGUUCUAAUCUCACUUCCACUAAACGUUGCCUCUGAUUGUCGUUCAGAGCAGCAAACCUCCACCAGCUGGGAUUAGUUGGCUCAGCUGGGAUUUUCUAACCAAUCAAAUAAUCACGUGUGUGUUUUUAUCCAUUAGCGACAAUUUCCAUUAAAGUUCUGAAAAUCUAA